AACAGGUUGCAUUGGGAGAAAGAAUUUGCCUCUCCGCCGAAAGUGGAUUUACGUGCGGCCGCAUUAUUUAUCCGUAUUUCUUCGUUCCCCCCCUCAGAAACACAACACAGAAAUUCGUAUACUUUCAGUUUGCUGACCUAAUGACCAAGGAGAACUAAAGGUAGCGCGAUUAACGUCUGAGACUCCACAUCACACACAGGUUAAACGGGACCCCAUCAUGAGCUCCAUCUCUGCAGACAGGAAGCCCCCCGUGGACUACGGCGUCCAGAUCCGCUUCAUCAAGGACCUGCACGACACUGGUGGGGGGUACCCAGGGGGCAAGGCCAGCGUGAACACCCCCUCCUCCAAAUAUGGCGUGGCUGUCCGGGUCCAGGGCAUCGCGGGACAGCCCUAUGUGGUCCUCAAGGAAGGAGAGAAGGGGGACUCGUAUGGAGUGCAGCUGAAGAGCCAGCCCCCAAGCUCCGGCUCCGCCCCAGCCUUCAGCAGCCUGCCCAGGAAGAAAACCGAACAAGAUCCCCAGAACCCAUACCCUCCCUCGGGGGAGGCCAGCGGCCUGGGCCGUGCAAAAUCCCAGGAUUCCCUGCUGGAGAAGGAGGCUCGGCUGGACUUCGGAGGACAAAUAAUGAGACCCCCGGGGGAUGGGCGGUCUGGGAGCUGUGGGACUUUGCACGGAGGGGCAGGGGAAGGAGAAGAGAAGAAGAAAGAGGGUCAGGGACCCACCUCCGUAGCAUCUAACGGAGACAAGAAGAAGGAGGAGGUAGGACCAUGCCCAGAGUCCUUCCCUGAACCUCCCCCUCCGGUCACUUGUAUGGAGGAAGACCUCACCCCAGCUGUAGACACCCAGUCCCUCACUCCUAUCAACAGGCUGAUCAGUAAGUUUGAUGGCAGUGGCACAGGAAGUGCUGCUAAGGGCCACUCCAGAGCCCGGGCCCGACUUAAGAUGGAGGAACCGAAGCGCUCCACCAGCCUGGACAUCCAUGAUGGUGUCCCAGAGGCACUAUCACUGCCCUCCCCUCCCUCCCCAAACCCUUACAGCUCCCCAACUCCUUCCUCCGCUUCCUCCUGUAGCAGCCUAGGGCGGAGCUCUGGAUCCGUCUCCAGAGCGAUGGCCCUCCCCCUAGCCUCCACACCAUCUAGUUGGUCAGCAGGGAGGGUUGUUGCCAGGGAGACUGCGCCAGUCAGCCAGGCUGAGAAGCAGGUUACUCCUGACCUGCUGAGGGACCAGGGUCAAAAUACAGAGGGAACCAGUAAGGAAGACCAAAUCAAACAAGCCAUUUACAACAUUUUGAAGGAGGGGACCAAUGAAAGUGAAUCGGCCACCAAACGCAAAGUCGACCUCGUUUUUGAGAAGAUCCAAGGACUCGGGACCACCAACCAGACCAUGAAGGCAGAGCUGGAGGAGUGCCUGGAUGAGAACCUGCGCCUCCAGGAGCAGCUGGACCGGAAGAACGAAGAGCUACACCAGGCCCACACCGAGCUGACGCAGCUCCGGAUGGACAGGGAGGUGGCCGAGUCGCGGGGGCGAAUGCUGGAGGACCAGCUGGCUGAGCAGCAGGAGGAGCUGCGGAGGGUAGCAGAGGACAAACCGCAGCCAGACGCUCUGCAGACGGACCUGAUGGCGGCGCAAGCAGAGCUGUCCGAGGCAGCCAUGCUGCACCAACGGCUGGAGGAGACGCUGAGGCAGCGCGAGAGGGAGCUGACUGCCCUGAAGGGGGCGCUGAAGGACGAGGUGGCCUCCCAUGACCAAGAGAUAGAAGCCCUGAGAGAGCAGUACGGCCAGGACAUGGAGAGGCUUAGGACCACCAUGGAGCAGGUCUCACAGUCUCAGCAGGGCAUCGAGGCGGAGCGUCAGCGGGUGAACGCCACCAUGCUGUCCCUGCAGAAGGAGCUGGAGGACUGCAGAGAGGACAACGGCCACUGGAGAGAGCAGCUGGACUCCACCAGAGAGGAGCUGAGCAGCACCAAACAGGAGCUGCUGCAGGCUCGUCUGGAGAAGGAGGAGUUUGAGGAGGAGUUGAAGGACCUCCAGGAGAGACUGAACGCCAUGAAGGAGCAGAUUCCUGACCCUAGCCAUACUCAAACACUCACUAAGGACCUCAAUCAGUGCCGGGACAGCCUCAAGAUGGCCCGUUCGGACCUGGAGCAGCUAAAGGUGGAGCUGGACAAGAAGGCAGCAGAGCUCAGCUCCCUGAAAAAAGCCAAUCAGGAGCGGGAGGUGGAGCUGAAGCAAGAAAUUGACAAACACAGGGACCAAUCGCAGAGAGAUAAAGAGGAACUCGCAAAGGCAUUGGAAAAGGCAAAACAGGCCCCGUCCCAGGAGCAGCGGGAGGCGGGGUGGGAGGUGGAGCGUCUGCGGGACCGGCUGGCGGGAGCCCAGAGGGAGCUGCAGGCCCAGAAGACGGAGCAUCAGGAGCUGCAGGAGACUAACACACGCCUCCGGGACAAGAUCGUGCGGCUGGAGACGCGCCUGCAGUCCAGCACGUCGCAGAGCUCGGAGGCGGAGCUCGCUCUGGAGGAGGAGAACCGGGGCCUGCGGGUCCAGCUGGAGGAGUCCCGGCGCGGGGCGGUGCGGCUGGGACAGGAGCGGGAGGAGCUGGCCCGGCGCCUGGAGGAGCGCGACCGUGAGAAGGAGGGGCUGCGCAGGGGCAAGGUCGAGCUGGAGGAGCAGAAGAGACUGCUGGACCGGGCGCUGGAGAAGCUCAGCAAGGAGAUGGAGCAGCUGAGCUCGGAGGCACGGCAGUCGGUGCAGUCCCUGCAGACGCAGCUUGAGGAGUACCGCGAGCGCUCCAGGAGGGAGCUGCAGGACGCUCAGCGGCAGGGCAAGGAGCGCCUGGCCGAGCUGCAGCGAGCGCAGGGCACCGCAAGGAGCGUGCAGGAGGAGGUGUCGCGCCUGAAGAAGGAGCUGCUGCUGUGCAGCGAGCAGAGAGACAGCGCCCAGCUGGAGAAGGAGCUGCUGUCCAACCGCCUCAAACACACCGAGGAGGAGCUGGACAGCGAGAGGGGAACCCACUCUGACCGCAGCAGGGAGAUCAGGGCCCUGGAGGAUCAGGUAAAGCAGCUGGAGAUCGACCUGGAUGAAGAGAAGACCAACGCUGAGCUGCUGACUGACCGUAUCACACGCAGUCGAGAGCAGAUUGAUCAGCUGCGCUCAGAGCUGAUGCAGGAGCGGUCGUCCAGGCAGGAUGUGGAGCUGGAUAAGGGCGUCUUGGAGAGACAGUUGAAGGAUCUGAGGUCCCGUCUGGCGGAGAAGGAGGGUCAGUCGCGGCCCUCGACUGGAGUGUCCCACCUGGAGAACAGAGUGCAAGAGUUGGAGGACAGACUGUACAGCGAGGAGAGGGAGAAGAGCAGUUUGCAGGCCGCUCAGCGGCGGCUGGAGAGGAAGCUAAAGGAGCUGAACAUCACACUAGAAGAGGAGAGACAGAGACACUCUGAACAGAAGGACCAGCUGUCCCUGCGUGUGAAGGCGCUGAAGCGGCAGGUGGACGAGGGCGAGGGCGAGGUGGAGCGUCUGGAGGGCCUGCGCAGGAAGGCGCUCAGAGAGGUGGAGGAGCAGCUGGAGCAGAAGGAGGCUAUGCAGACCCGCGUCGCCGCCCUGGAGGCCGAGCUCAAGCGGAGGCUGCAGCAGGCGCGUCGUCCAACCCUGAGCUCGGGGGAUGAGGACGGACUGGACGACGUGUCCAGCAUCGCCUCCAUGCUGUCAGAGCGCCACCUACAGACCAGCACCUGCUAGAUCGAGCCGGGGGGGGAGGGGAAUGUCGACCAGCUCAAAGAGUGUGAAGGUAUAGGGUUAAUUCUGUGCCUCUUGGCCUGUACUCAUGUGGAUGGACUCAUGGAUGCUCUGAACCAGGGACAGUGACAGGAACACACUAUUGGCAGGGGUGAACAACCAGCUGCUGGAGGGGUGUGUUGGCACAUGGGGUAGGUCAGCACGGUGGUGCACUGUGGUACAAUGCGAAGACAAUCACAGAAGCCAUCGGGUAUCGCCAUGCAUCAACACUGCACUGAACAGCACGGUCAUUAACAUCCUGAAUGGUCAACACUGUUUUAUCUUAGAGGUAUCAACAGGGGAGAUAAUGCAGGCAUAAAAUUAGACAUGUUCACUGUUACUCAAAUUUCUUUCACACUGGUUUCAUUCUCAGUUACACACUUCUGAGUUCUUUAUUUCUGUCUGUCUCUCACAAACACGCACACACAAACUGUUACGUUACUGUUGUAUGAAUGUGAAACAAAAAGCAACUGUCACUCAUUUUGAAACUGCAGUCGCCUGUCGUAAACACUACAUAGUUACAAUCGACCUUUAAACAGCCUUUGAUAGCCUUUAUUGCAUUCAGCUCUGGGUAUUGAAUAUGUUUUAAGUUAGUUUUGGUUUAGUUUCUGAUUAAUAUUGUUAUUGAUGUUCCUGUUUUUACACUUGUAAAUGGAUGUUUGUAAAUCUUUUCACAAAAACGUGAGUUUAACACUAUUGUGCCUUUAACUGUGCUACCUGGGCCCAAAUGGCACAAACAAAUAAUUUUCUACUGACACAAACGUCUCCCUUGUGCACUGUGUUAAGGCACAUUAUGAUUUAAAAACUGCUUCUGUUUUCUGUCUACCUGUUUCUUCCUCUUUACCUUUCCCCCAUACUGUUGGUAUGUGGUUCACCCUUUAAUAAAGAUAUUCAUGAAGGAUUACACCCUCAUGUACAGAGAAUUUCCAGUGUAUGAAACCAUUAUAACCAAAUGAUUUUCUAUGUGAUAGCUGACAUCAAUUACCACAGUUUUUAGCAAAUGUGGUUUCACUUUAUGAAGGCCUUGUGAAGCUGUUAUGUGCAAUAUACAGUGUUUUUAGUUUUUCUCUCUCGUUUGCUUGUAACUCCCAGUAUUCUUGGCAUCUUGUACUCGCUGUAACCAAAUUUUUUGCUUACCUUCCUCUUUCUUUCUCUCACUCGUCUCUUCCCUUCCAUCUCCUGAUUGUUCUCCUGAAGGCUCCUUAAACUCCUCUAACUUCAUCUGUUUUUUCUACUUCUCUGUU